UCAGAGUAAUGCCAAACUCUCUCUGAGUGGGAUGAGCAGAGCAGAUGCUGCAGUGAGAUGCCAAAGCGGCUCCCCUUCCUCUGUGCCUUGGGUGCCUAUAAAUUGCUCCGGCGCGCGCGUUUGUCAGCCUCCUCUUCUCCUGGCAGGUGGUACCCAGGCAGAAUUCUGCGUUCAGUCUCUCUCUCGCUCCGCUCCCGGCCGCGAGGCGCUCGCCGCUGCUUGCUAGUUCCUCAGCUCCGGUCCCGAGCCCGCCGAGCCAACCCGACCGCGCCGGCAGCCGCCGCUCCGCGCCGGGGUGCGGCUGGCCAGAGCUCGCUCGUCCAGCCCGGAGCUUUGGGGUGCGCCUCUAUUAGAGUUGUGGUGGUUCCAAAGGAGGGGAGAAAAGGCGAGGGAAGGGUGACCCCGGCGGACGAAAAAAGAGAAGAAGAAGGCAGAAAAAGGCAACUUCAGACGGAAAGUUGGUGAGAACUGGCCUAGUCGGCAAAAGCGGAAAAGUCGAUCGCGGGCGGCUGCGGCAUAAAAGUGUGAGCGGCCCCGGCGAGUGCGAGAAGCGGCGGCUGGCUCUGCCCUCCGGCGGCGGCGCCGGCGCCCGCGGCAUCCACAGGUGCCCAGGGGCUCGCCGAGGCGAGAGGGCGCCCCGUGCACCCCUCCCCCAGCCUCCACCCCCGGCGCGGGACUUCAGCUCCAGUCACUUGGCGUCCGAGCUCCCUCCCCAGCCGCAGCCUCAGCGGGGGGGAGCAAGAGCCGGCCGGGAGCGGUCGGCGCGCCUGCCCAGGGGAGUUGGGGCUCGCAGGGGGUUGUUUUCGGCUCUGAGGAGGUCCCCGCCCAGCCUUCAAAAUUUUGUCCAAAAGCAGACAAGAGGAUCGCCCCGCGCUGAGCCGGCUCGUGGGCAGCAGGAGGCGCCUGAUCGCCGCCGGGGCGCUGGGGGUGGUGAUGGUGCUGCUGCUGGUCAUCCUCAUCCCGGUGCUGGUGAGCUCAGCCGGCACGUCGGCGCACUACGAGAUGCUGGGCACCUGCCGCAUGGUCUGCGACCCCUACGGCGGCACCAAGGCCCCCAGCACGGCCGCCACGCCCGACCGCGGCCUCAUGCAGUCCCUGCCCACCUUCAUCCAGGGCCCCAAAGGCGAGGCCGGCCGGCCCGGGAAGGCGGGCCCGCGCGGGCCCCCAGGUGAGCCCGGGCCGCCGGGUCCCGUGGGCCCCCCGGGUGAGAAGGGUGAGCCCGGCCGCCAAGGCCUGCCCGGCCCGCCCGGGGCUCCCGGCCUGAACGCGGCCGGGGCCAUCAGCGCGGCCACCUACAGCACAGUGCCCAAGAUCGCCUUCUACGCCGGCCUCAAGCGGCAGCACGAGGGCUACGAGGUGCUCAAGUUCGACGACGUGGUUACGAACCUGGGGAACCACUACGAUCCCACCACGGGCAAGUUCACCUGCUCCAUCCCGGGCAUCUACUUUUUCACCUACCACGUCCUGAUGCGCGGAGGGGAUGGCACCAGCAUGUGGGCUGAUCUCUGCAAAAACAACCAGGUGCGCGCUAGUGCGAUUGCCCAAGAUGCAGAUCAGAAUUAUGACUACGCCAGUAACAGCGUAGUACUCCAUUUGGAGCCUGGAGACGAAGUCUACAUCAAAUUAGAUGGCGGCAAAGCCCAUGGAGGAAACAACAACAAAUACAGCACAUUCUCUGGAUUUAUUAUUUAUGCCGACUGAUAAUGCAGAAACUCAGCUUAUUAAGUUCUGAGUUUGGACUCUGGAUUCGUAUGGCUAACGUCAGUGAAUCAAGGAUCCCGGGGGAUGCCAGUUGUGGGGCACCUCAGUUUGUGUAUAUGUGGGGAAAUCAAAUGCUACCUGACUCACAUCUGUAUACUCAGAAACAUUAUGUAAAAAAUAUUAAAAGCAAGAUAAGCAGAUGUGUGAUCCUCUACCGCCAAAGCAAAUACUCCUUAUCGUUAGUGUCCAUGUGAAUGAAGUCCUAUAUAGAUCACAAAUUUUUAUAGAAAAAUCUAAGACACUGAAUUAUUUCUUCAAUAUAUAUGAUACUUUGGUGUACUGUGAUCUUGCUGCUUUUAUCCAUAUGUCAGCUUUGGUUCUUGUGAGUUUACCUGCUUAUUAUGAUACUUGGAGUCCAUUCAUAGUUUGGGGGAAGAAUGAUUUUACCCUGCAGGAGAAGGUCUAAUGGAAAUAAUGCUGCUUGUCCCCAAAGAAAUUGUUUGCCUUGUACUCUUGUUAACUUUAGAGCUAGACCUGGGAAUGAUUCAACUUCAAGCCUUAACCUGGAAUUUUCUGGAUUUGAGGGAAUUCCCAAGCCUAUGAUCAUUUUCACAUUUUCUUAGAAUUUUCUUUUCUCUCUUUUCUGGUGAUAGUCUUUAAAGAUAGCUAUUGCAAUGGUAUCAUAGGAUAACCCUUUCAGUGUAACAAUGUGUAAUUAUUUAUGGUAUUUAGAAAAUCCCUAUGUGUCCAUUUUGUCAGCGGAAUACAUUUAGAUUGACUUGGAAAUUCAGAGAAAUUUAUUCUUUGUCAUUAAAUUAGGCGGAGGCUUUUGCCUUCUCUGGGAGGAAAUAUUAUCCAUUCAUAACCCAAUGGACAAAGGUUUAAUUUGAGCCACUGCAUGGGUCACCAAAGGGACACUAAGUAAGGCUUCAAAUAGUUACAAGUUGUGAUCUGAGGUUCUUUCAAAAUGAACAAUUUCACAUAUAAUCAGUGUGACAACAAAGUGUAUAUAUUUUAUACAAUUAUCUGCUACUUGUAUAUGUAGCAUUUCACCUAACAUAUAUACAUAUAUAUGUAUAUUUAUAGGAUGAGAUAUGAAUGAUAUAGGUUCAUACAUAUAUAUGACUUCAGACAGUAGGCAUAGUGGCUAUAUAGCCUCAAAAAUGUAAAGAAAUAUAUGUGUGUACACACACACAUAAAUUAUUUGACUUAUUUUGGAUUGAAAUCUAUUUUCGAUGACAAAAAUAUAUGGAGUAGCAAAAUAAUUAUAAUCGCUUUUCUUUAAGAGUUACGCCGAAAAUUAACUUUUAUUAGGUUAAAAAGCCCUAUACAUCAUGUAAAUUAAAACUAUGGUUUCUUUAUUACCAUAUGCCAGUCAGUAUUUUAACUGCAUUCCGUAGCAGACUGUUAAUAUUUGGACUGCAGAAACAAAGAGACUGUCCUUUGCAGUGUUUAUGAAUUAUAUGCAUUUGAAUUACCAUUUUUUUUUCCUUUUUCUCAGGUGAAUUGAAGCUGACAGUAAAGUAGACUUUAAGAAUAGUGCAAAUCCUUUCUCUUUGGUUAAAAUACACUGCCAAACGCCAUCUCUUUAAUCUCAGAAAAAGAUUAAAAAUGCAUGUUGAUAUAUCCUAACUAUCAAACAACUUCCACUAUUGGAAUGAAAAAAAUCGGUUUCCCUUCAGUUGCUUUUGAAGACUCUUUGACAAGUAGAUUUCAAAAAACAGGGAUUUAAAAAUCUGCUUGUUUAACUGGUGAAGGACAUUUGCAUUUUUUUCAUUUAAAAGAAUUAGUUUGUUCUCCUGGCUUAUUCUUUUUGUGGUACUUUCUGUUCUAAUACACAGAAUGCUCUACUAUCUUUGAUCCACAAAAAUAUCUUUUAUUUAGCAAAUCUAACUUUCCAAAAGAGUUAUGCAUGGUAUUCUUAUCUGAAGGUGCUGUAUGCUCUGUUUAAAUGCCUUGGUCUGAGUAAUUGUCAUGAUUUACAUGAGGAAAUGACCUAGUCUAUUCAUCAGAAAUAAUGACUAAUUAUAUUUGGUUUUCCUCAUAUGUAAGAUAACUCUUAAAGGACUUGCAAGGAUUUUAUUUCUAGUUAACAAUAUGUAUUCAUCAAAACAGAAUUGGUAGCAGGGUCUGGAAAAAAUUUUUAGGUAACAGGUAAUAUAGUGAGAGUUAAACCAAAAGAUUAAUUUAUAAUUUAUAAAUUUAGUAGCAGUGUACAUCAACUAAAAGUUUUAACAAAUCAUUUUUUAAAAUAUUUACACACAAAAAAAUCAGGGCUGGGUAUCUUUUAAAGAAUAGUCUCUA